AUGGUCUCGACACGAUCGCUGUCAUGGACGUGUGUAUUGGUGCAGCUCGUCCUGUCGUGUGCCUGCCUGCUCGGCUCGUUGGCCAUUAUUGCUGCCAUUCUUCAGAGCAAAUCCGUGUAUCCGGAACGGGAGACCCCUAGCGCUGAAUGGUGGCUGCUCUCCGCGCUGUCGUUGUUCAUGAUCGGCGCGUCGAUAUUGGCCAUGUUCGGGCUCGCGGCAAGGAAUACGCACCUCAUCUUGCCGCAUAUAUUUUUGCUGGGUCUCUGCUCGGUGUUCGUCGGCUGGUGCCUCUACACCGUCGUGUCAAACCCGGAUCCGGCAGAUUUCAACUGGUGCCCCUCCACACCGAAGAUGAGCACCGCGGACGUACAGACGGGGACGACGCAUCCGGCUACGGCCUUCUCGAUCCUGGCCGCCGAGCUCUUCUACCUGGUCGCCGGCGCCAUCUGGAUCGGCUCGCUCAGCCGGUCGACGCCCGACGUCGUCUACCAGCUCCGCGAAUUCUACGCCCCGCUGUCAGUUUUCCCGCAGUUUGCCGGUUGGGUAUGCACGGGCCUGAUUCUGCUCAUCCUCGUCCUGAUCAUAUCAUUAUCCUGCGUGUUCAUAGGCCUCGUACGGAGUGUGCCCCGCGUCAUCUACCACCAUUGCUUUUUGCUGUACGCGCAAUGGCCGAUGACGCUGAUGAUCCUGGUGGGCGGGGUCGUCGACUGGGGCCCAUUCCACGUAGCCGUCAUGUUGCUCAUCUACUUUUCGGGUCUCGCCGGCUUUGCCCACCUAUACCACUACGUUACAUGGAUUCCCACUUUUGGCGUGGCCAUCAUUCAUUCGGCC